AUGGUUUGGGCCAAGACCACAGACAUUGGAUGUGGAGUUGCGAGUUGUCCAACGUACGGUCUAUCAAUCGUGUGUAAUUAUGGUCCAGGUGGUAAUUGGAAUAAUGAGAAACCAUAUGAAGUGAAAUCACGUGAAUUGUGCCCAAAAAUGCAGAAUAUUCCUAAAAAGAGUUUUCAAACGACGCGUGAUGAUACACAGCGUGCACCAUUAUCAAAAGUGAAUGUCAACCACAAGUUGUCAUCGAUCGGUUCAAGUGAAGGUUUAGUUAACGAUCAACCCUCCACAGGCGUGCAAAGAACGUUGGAUUCGAAUAGACGAGAAAUACUCGAACUGCAUACAAAAUACAGACAGGAUUUGGUUGAUUGUAAAGUUGAUGGACAACCUCCAGCUAAAUAUAUGUCACCAUUGAAAUGGAAUUACAAUCUGGCUGCACAAGCACAAAAAUUGGCGAACAAAUGCAUCUUGCAACACGACAAACGUCAUUCGGAUGAAUUCUCUUGGGUUGGACAAAAUAUUGCUCUCCAUCCAACCAUUAAGUCAGGAGUAGAUGCUUGGUUCAAUGAGCACAAAUUAUACGACUACAAUCAGAACAACUGCAUGAAAUGUUUGCAUUACACACAAAUGGUUUGGGCCAAGACCACAGACAUUGGAUGUGGAGUUGCGAGUUGUCCAACGUACGGUCUAUCAAUCGUGUGUAAUUAUGGUCCAGGUGGUAAUUGGAAUAAUGAGAAACCAUAUGAAGUGAAAUCACGUGAAUUGUGCCCAAAAAUGCAGAAUAUUCCUAAAAAGAGUUUUCAAACGACGCGUGAUGAUACACAGCGUGCACCAUUAUCAAAAGUGAAUGUCAACCACAAGUUGUCAUCUACCGGUUCAAGUGGAAUUAGUUUUCGGGACCAGCGCGUACAUGGUCAACCUAUUUGUAUAAAUAAUUUCCAAUAUGGUCGUCGUAAUACACAGCUAAUUUAUAUAAAAGUAAACAUUGUCUUCUCACAACCAAAUGAUCCACAACUUCAAAAACUUCUACAAUAUCAUAAUGAUCUUAGACGUAAUUUAACAGAAUGUAAAUUUGAAGGACAACCUCCAGCGAAAUAUCUGCCAGAUCUUAAAUGGGAUAAUGAACUAGCUUCAAAAGCUAAAGAUUUAGCAAAUGAAUGUUAUUUUCAUCAUAAUGAUGUGAAUUUACCGCAUAAAUGGGAAUAUGUUGGUCAAAAUAUAGCAGGAUAUCAAACAAUUGAACAAGCAUUCGAUGCAUGGAAAGAUGAAUAUAAACAGUAUAGUUAUUAUUCAAUGAGUUGCUACGGUGUUUGUGGACAUUAUACUCAAUUAGUAUGGCAAAAUACUACUCAUGUUGGUUGUGGUAUUACAAAUUGUACUGGAAAUUAUGGAUUUCCAUAUGGAUUAUCAGUUGUCUGUAAUUAUGGCCCAGGAGGAAACUAUGAAGGUCGUUAUCCUUACGAAGCAAAAUCACAAGAUGAAUGUUAUGCUGUAACUACUAGACGUCCUAAACCUACUAGACGUCCAGUUACUACUAAACGUCCUAGAACUACUAGACGUCCUGAAACUACUAGACGUCCAAUUACUACUAAACGUCCUAGAACUACUAGACGUCCUGAAACUACCAGACGUCCAAUUACUACUAAACGUCCUGAAACCAUACCAACUCGUAAACCAGACAUAUCAAAACAAAUACCAAAACCAAACUGGCCUACACUUAUCAGUUCAUGGAGUGGAUUUGCCAAUUCAAAUAUGCUACAAGGAAUAAUAACAAAAACAUGUAUUUGUAUUCAGUGAAAAGUAAAAGUUACCCAAAACAUUUAAUAUGUCACUGUUCUGGGUAUUAACCAUGUUGUAUGUUUUAAAUGAAAAUAUAAACAUUAUUGAAAGAGAG